UUUAUUAUUGAAAUAAUUAAUGAUGUUUAUUAAAAUCAAGGAACCUUAAUUAAAAAUUAAAUUGUAAUAAGAUUUCAAUCAAUGAGGUUGAAAAAAAGAGAGAAAUCUAAUUUCUUUUUUAUUUUUAUUUUUAUAUUUUAUUUUUAGUGUUGUUAGGUGAGUUAACAGAGUUUAAAGGGUAGUUAGUGGUAAAACAGGCGUCAAGAUAUGAGAGAGGUCACACAAAAUUUUGAAUGCAAAAGAUUUGAAUUUCGGAAGGAAGGUGAGGUGAGUGGGAUAAUAAAAGUAACGCGCUUGGAAAUUGGUUUGGUCACUUCUCUCUCUUAAACACUAGUGUUUGUACCCGACCCCAGCAUUCUCCCAACCCCCCCCCCCCAGCUUUUAAACCUUUAUUUCGGAAAAGGAUUCCCACGGGAUCCUCUUUACGAGGAUCAAGCAAUUUUAUUAUUGAGUGAUCAUAAAUUAUUUAAAAUUUAAAAUUACAAUAAAUAGUAUAUAACGAAAACUAAUCGUAUAAUAUACGAUAAACGAAUAUAAUUGUUUGAUCUCCGAGAUUCUUACAAAAAGAAAUCGACGGAAAUCAUUUUUCCUUUAUUUCUUUUAUUUGGCCGUCUCUUAGUGCGCAGAGGGAGGUCCCAUCCCACGUGUCCCUUUUAUCACCAUUUACCAUUGUCCUCCACGCACUAGCAAACUUCCUUGAUCUGGAGGAAAUUCCACCUUUCUCUUUUUUAAGUCCUCCACUAGGGAUAUAAUUAUAAGAAAAAUUAAUAAAAAAAAUUUGAAAGAGUUUUAACGAUAAAGAUAAAAUAAAAAAUGAAAUAAAUAAUGUCAAAAUUAAAUUUUUAAUGUAAAAACAUAAUUUUUAAUUAAAAUAAACAGCACCAUAAAUUUUUCGUUAAAAUUUCUAUAUUAUAAACUCUCUUCCGUUUGAAUGCAGAUUGUUUCUGCGCUGAAAGUGUGCGCAAUUUCGUCUGUAUAUUUUUUAUUGUUUAAUCUCUGAUGAUUUUCUUGGAACAUGCGUAUAUUUUUUAUUGAAAGAUGCUUUACAGAAAGUGCUUUUGGACAAACUUUCCUUUAAUUAAGCAUAUUUAAAAGAAAAUUUUAAAGUAGCAUCAUUAUCAAUUAUAAAGUAUUUUUAAGUAUGUGAAAGUGACUAAUCCUUGUUUCUCCAAAUUUUCAAUUUUUGUUCUCCAUGGAGCCUUUGUAACUUUGUGCACAGACUACAAUUUCAAUUUUUCUGUGGUAAACUCUAAUCUAGUCUCAGGUGCGACUGUAGUUCAGAUUCUCCUUCUGCUAUCUGAUCCAUGAAAUAGAGAGAUGGAGUUGAUUGGCCUCAUUCAAGUUUUCAACAUCAUCGUCAUCGCCAUCGGGACUCUGUUUUACAUGUGCUGCAGAUCUUUGACAUUUUCUUCUUCUUCGUCUUCUGCGGUUAAUUCUGCUGUAGCUGAUUGUGCUGCUGUUGCUGAUGAUGAGGAUGAGGAUGCUGAUAUCCCCCCACGUCGAGAAAAGUAUGAUGUGUUUAUCAGUUUCAGAGGUGAGGACACCCGCCUUGGUAUUACCAGCCAUCUUCGUGCUGCCUUACUUCAGAAGAAAUUGGAAACAUACAUCGAUAACAGACUAAAGAGAGGAGAAGAAAUCAGACCUGCCCUUCUAGAAGCAAUCGAGAAAUCCACCAUUUCGGUGAUCAUUUUCUCACAAAACUAUGCUUCUUCCACAUGGUGUUUGGAUGAGCUUGAGCAUAUACUCGAAUGCAAGGAAAGAUAUGGCCAGAUGGUUAUACCCAUAUUCUUCGACAUCAAUCCAUCUCAUGUACGAAACCAACACGGGAGUUAUGCGGAUGCAUUUGCUCAACUUGAAAAGCGUUUCCAUAACAGUAUCCACAAGGUGCACAAGUGGAGGGAUGUCUUGACGACUGCGGCCAAUCUAUCUGGCUUUGAUUAUUCAAACAAAUACGGGACGGAGGCAGAUCUAAUUCAGAAGGUUGUCGAUCAUAUUUGGAUACAACUGUGUCGCGAAUCAUCCCGCGAUUUAAAUGGGUUUGUUGGAAUCGAAAGCCGCAUCAAGCAGAUCGAAUUGCUGUUAGGCAUUCAUUCACAGGACGCUUGCAUCACUGUCGGUAUUUGGGGCAUGGGUGGUAUUGGCAAGACCACCCUUGCCGAGGCUGUAUUUCGCAUACACUCUUCUAAAUUCGAAGCUUCUUGUAUUCUUAAGAAUAUUAGGGAGAAAUCAGAACAAGAAGGUGGACUAGAUCACUUGGAAGAAACACUUCUUAAGGAGAUAUUAAAGGAAGAAGUUUUGCCGGUAGGAUCAACUUUGGUUGGAGAAAGGCUCAGUCGUACAAAGGUCCUCAUUGUUCUAGAUGACGUGACUGAUUCAUGGCAAAUGGAACGUUUAGUUGGAGAUCGUCUCCGGUAUGGCAGUGGAAGUAGAAUCAUUAUCACAAGUAGAGAUAGGGGCACACUUGGGCAAACUGUUGAAGAGGCUAAGAUCUACGAGGUUGAGGGAUUAAAAUCGAAAGACGCUCUUCAGCUCUUCUGUUUGCGUGCUUUCAAGAAUAACGGUGCUCGUAGAACAGAUUUUAAGGAGUUGGCAGAAAAGGUGGCGGCUUAUGCUGGGCGCGUUCCUUUAGCUCUUACAGUUCUGGGGUCGUUGUUCUACAAUUGCAAGAGCGAAGAAGAAUGGGUAGAGGAAUUCAACAAAUUGAAACAAUUUUCCCGCAAAGAUAUUCAGAAAGUGUUGAGAAUAAGUUAUGAUGGAUUGGAACAAAAUGAGAAGGAUAUAUUUCUGGAUAUAGCAUGUUUUCAUAAAGGGAAGGAUGUGUAUUUGGUAAAACGAAAGUUAGCUUCCUGUGGACGCUUUCCGAAAACCGGAAUUGAUAUUCUCAUUAAUAGGUGUCUCAUAUCAAUUGAUUCAAAGUGGGGAAGCGAAAUCAUAGAGAUGCACGAUUUGCUACAAGAAAUGGGAAGGACAAUUGUUCAAGAACAAUGUAUUAAAGAUCCUGGUAAACGGAGUAGGUUGUUCACUGCUGAGGAUGUCUAUUGUGUAUUGAAGAGUAACACAGAAACUCCAAAUGUUGAAGCCAUACGGGUUGAUUGGUCUUACAUUGAAAAGCGAGCAUUGAAACGUGCAGACUUCAAAAAGAUGUCUAAACUAAUAAUGCUAAUUGUGGAUGGUGGCUACACAUUCACCGCUUCUCUAGACCUUCCCGAUUCUCUUCGUUAUCUUGAGUGGUGGGGAUAUCCACUGGAAUCUUUGCCGUCAAAAUUUUGUUCGGAAAAUCUAGUUGAGCUUCAUAUGCCAUAUAGCAAAGUUAAGAAGCUUUGGAAAGAAGAGCAGAUACUUGUCAACUUACAAGUUAUCAAUCUGUACGACUCCAGAUUACUAACUGAAAUUCCUGGGUGUUUUCAACAUCUCCACAAGUUUACUCGUCUUGAGCUUGAAUGCUGCAUGAGUCUCAAGUAUCUUCCAGAGGUGUCAGGAAAUCUUCAACACUUAAAUUUACAAAGCAGUGGUGUAAAGGAGUUGCCUGAAUCAGUUUGGUCUAACGAAAAUAUUUCCUACUUGAAUAUAAGUCAUUGCAAAGACCUUGAGAAACUUCCAAGCAACAACUGUGAGCUAAAAGUCUCUAAUGUUUUGGGUAUUGAGAGCUGCACAUCUCUUGGCGAGUUUUCUGAGCUUCCCAGGGAUAUAACUAAAUUAUCAUUGGUUGGUUUCAAGAGACUUGUGAGUCUACCAACCCACAUUUGUAAGUUGAAAAAUCUAAAGGAACUCAAUCUCUAUGGCUGCUAUGAACUUGAAAAAUUCCCAGAGAUCUUGGAGCCAAUGGAACAUUUGGUGUCUCUUCGUUUGCAAGGGACAGCUGUCAAAAUGCUUCCUUCGUCUAUUGGAAAUCUAAUUACUCUUCAAACUUUAGACCUUAGUGGCUGCAAGCACCUUGUGAGUCUACCAACCAACAUUUGUAGGUUGAAAAAUCUGAAGGAACUCAAUCUCUAUGGCUGCUUUGAACUUGAAAAAUUCCCAGAGAUCUUGGAGCCAAUGGAACAUUUGGUGUCUCUUCGUUUGCAAGGGACAGCUGUCAAAAUGCUUCCUUCGUCUAUUGGAAAUCUAAUUACUCUUCAAACUUUAGACCUUAGUGGCUGCAAGCACCUUGUGAGUCUACCAACCAACAUUUGUAAGUUGAAAAAUCUGAAGGAACUCAAUCUCUAUGGCUGCUCUGAACUUGAAAAAUUCCCAAAGAUCUUGGAGCCAAUGGAACAUUUGGUGUCUCUUCGUUUGCAAGGGACAGCUGUCAAAAUGCUUCCUUCGUCUAUUGGAAAUCUAAUUAGUCUUCCAACUUUAGACCUUAGUGGCUGCAAGCACCUUGUGAGUCUACCAACCAACAUUUGUAAGUUGAAAAAUCUGAAGCAACUCAAUCUCUCUGGCUGCUUUGAACUUGAAAACUUCCCAGAGAUCUUGGAGCCAAUGGAACAUUUGGUGUCUCUUUGUUUGCAAGGGACAGCUGUCAAAAUGCUUCCUUCGUCUAUUGGAAAUCUAAUUAGUCUUCAAACUUUAGACCUUUGUGGCUGCAAGCACCUUGUGAAUCUACCAACCAACAUUUGUAAGUUGAAAUAUCUGGAGGAACUCAAUCUCUCUGGCUGCUCUGAACUUGAAAACUUCCCAGAGAUCUUGGAGCCAAUGGAACAUUUGGUGUCUCUUAGUUUGCAAGGGGCAGCUGUCAAAAUGCUUCCUUCGUCUAUUGGAAAUCUAAUUAGUCUUCAAACUUUAGACCUUCGUGGCUGCAAGCACCUUGUGAGUCUACCAACCAACAUUUGUAAGUUGAAAUAUCUGGAGGAACUCAAUCUCUCUGGCUGCUCUGAACUUGAAAACUUCCCAGAGAUCAUAAAGCCAAUGGAACAUUUGAAGUACUUAAAUUUAAGUGGAACAACGGUUAAAGAGCUACCAUCAUCAAUCGAGUUUCUCUCUGCUCUCAAAAGAAUUAAACUACAAGGUUGCAAACGGCUUUCAAGUAUCCCAAAGAGCAUUUGUAAGUUGAAAUGUCUCGAGGAACUCAAUCUUUCUUGGUGCUCUACACUUCGAAACUUCCCAGAGAUCUUGGAGCCAAUGGAAAAUUUGAAGUCCUUAAAUUUAAGUAGAACAUCAGUUGAACAGGUAUACACAUCAUCAAUUGAAUUUCUCCCCGCUCUCAAAAAUAUUGAGCUAAAAGGUUGCAAUAAGCUUUCAUGCAUCUCAAAAAGCAUGUUGAAAUAUGUUACAAGACCUGAUGCGUAUGAAACAAGUGAAAGUGAUGAUCAUGGGUCUGAAGCCAGUGAAAUUGAAGAUGAUUCGGACUUAUAAUCCAACAAUCUUAAGCAUCGUUAUCCAAUAGAAUUAGGAAAAACUUUACAGCAAAUUUUGUACUUUGAGAGCUCACUUGUCUGUCCAAGAAAUAAGAUGACAAAAUAGGCAAGGCUUUUAGUAUUUUAGUAUUGUUUAUACUUUAUACAUUAUAAAGCGCAAGUUAUGGACAAGUGUCUAAUAUCCUAUUUGUUAUCUUUUAAAACUUGAUUUACAA